AUGGAUAAUCAACAUGAAUCUCAUGAAUAUCAAUAUAAACCAAGAACAAAUAUUCGUGAACGACCAUUACAUUUAUGUAUUAUCUUUGUUUUACUUUUAUUUAUUUUUCUUCUUGCUAUCGAAUCGGUAGCAUUUAUUGUACUUGGUACAUGGCAUCUUAUUAUUUCACAUCUUGAAACUGUACAUAGUUUUUCAAAUGAAAUCUAUCGUUAUGAAUUAGGCUUUGGUAUUCUUCUUAUUAUUAUUGGAUCAUUAGGUAUUUUAAUGAGUAUUCUUGGUCUUAUUACUUUUUUUACAUUACGUUUAGUAUUAUUGAGAAUCUUUGAAUUAUGUUUAUGUAUUUUUAUGAUUAUUGGAAUUGUGGCUGGCAUUAUUGGUAUUAGUUUUGCAUCACAUCUAGAUAGAUUUAUGAAUCAAUCAAAUAAUUCCAAUGUGGCUGAGAGAACUUUUGCUGAAGAGAAAUUUAUGUUUGGAAUGAAUGGUGGAUUAGUUUUAUUCAUGAGUUUAACCUUGUUUAUUGGUAUCACAAUAGUUCAUUAUUUGGCGGGUGAUGUAAGUUCAUAUUCAAGCGAUCGUCCAUAUGUUCAGACAAAAUAA